CACGCUUCGAAGUUAGUCGUUUGCUGACCGCGGCCGCGUUGAUGUUGCGCGUGGGAGCCAUGAACUGAAUCCGAGAGUAGCUCGUGCUCUUUUCGCGUUCUUUUUUUUCUUUUCCUUCGUCUUCCUUCCUGUACCAAGGGACUGUAUUUGCUUUUCGUCUCGAGAAGAACACGCACGUGCAACAGAUAGUUUCUGCAACAUCUGCUAACAAGUGUAUUUUACAAUCAACGUUUCUUAAUCCUCAGAAAGGAACUUACAAAAUUAUCGCAAGUUCUGCGUUUGGAACAUUCUUCGUUAUCUCGUACAAAAUACGUUCUUCUCUCACUAUUCACAUUGUUUUGUAUAUUUCCUGAUUUAAAGUGUAUUUAAUAAAGUACAGUUUCGACUCGAGUCGAACGGUGUAACAUUGUAAGAAUCUUGGUGCCGGCAGAACAGUGGAGACAAAAAUUGUGAGAAGUGUGCGGUGAGCAGGACGGUGCGAUGGCAGUGGCUGCGGGGCCACGCCGGCCACGCACGCUCCUCUUCGGUGGUAAAUAUUCUUCCGGGAAUACUUUUGGGACGAAGAACCUGUGGUCGAUCCUCGAUGGGCUUCCGCUGAUCUUAGUCUUAGCCGGUGUCGCACAGGUUGCCGCCCUCAGGAUGGCUGAUGGUAGCGGUUGUGGCAUCAAUAGUUUUAGAUGCAUGGACGGCACCUGCAUACCAAGCACUUUAGUCUGCAAUUAUCAAAAAGAUUGCGAAAGUGCAGAAGAUGAAUUUCAAUCGUGCACACCACCAGACUGUGAAGCUGGACAGAUCACUUGUGGUCAAUACAUUUUCAACAAGACUUACUGUAUACCUCCCCAUCAAAGAUGUGAUAUGACUGUUGACUGCGUUGAUGGGACUGAUGAAGCUGGUUGCAAUUACAGGAAAUGCCAACCGGAUGACUUCCGGUGUGGUGGUUCGACACCAGAGCUUUGCAUUCCAAAAGAGAAAAAAUGUGACGGCUACCUAGACUGUCGAAACGGUCGGGAUGAGGAGAAAUGCGAGAACAAUGCGAAACCAGCCUGUAGGUUGGAUCAGUUCAGGUGUAAUUCCACGCAGCGUUGUAUUGAACAAUCAGCCAGAUGUAAUUACAAGGACGACUGUGGAGAUAAUAGUGACGAGGAGGGAUGCAACUUCCAACCUUGUGCAAUCAACCAGUUCCGUUGCGCGAAUUCACUUUGCAUACCAAGAUCCUACGUCUGUGACGGUUACAAGGAUUGCCACGAUGGAUCUGAUGAAAAGUCCUGUACCACGACCGCCUGUCCUCCAAACAAGUUCGUGUGUCCUAGGGGAUCGCCUGACGGCAAACCACUUUGCAUAGAUCGGUCUCAAAUUUGUGAUGGGAAGUCUGAUUGUGAAGAUAAAGCAGACGAAGAAGCUACUUGUUCAUCAGUUAUAUGCACUUCAUUAUUGUGUCGAUACAAAUGUCGAGCAUCUCCCACAGGAGGAGUUUGCUAUUGUCCUCCAGGCUGGGUUCUUGCGAAUGAUUCAACGACUUGCAUAGAUCGUGACGAGUGUUCGGAAUGGGGCUUCUGUGAGCAAUUAUGCCAGAACACAGAAGGUUCAUACACCUGCAGUUGUGCUCCAGGUUUCACGUUGCAGGCACGCAACAAGUGUCGAGCCCAGCAACAUCCUGGUGUGAAACUGGAACUAUUAGUUGCUCAAGAAAGAGCAGUUUGGAGAAUGUCUUCUAGUGCUGAAGAUAGAACUAUUGUCGUCAACACAACUGGAGCUAGCGGAGUGGAUUACUUUUAUUCCAGGGAUUUACUCUUUUGGAGCGAUGUGAAGACCAAGAAAGUGCAUUCAGAACCCUUAAAUGGGGAAGGUUCCAGCUCUAGAGUUGCUAUAUACUUGACGAGUUCAUGGGGACCAGUCGCCAUCGCCGUGGAUUGGAUAGGAGAGAAAUUAUACGUGGUAGAUUCUGUAGUCCAAAAGAUCGAUGUUCUGGAGUUAGAUGGAAGGUUUCAUGGAAUCGCACUAAGUUCCAAUUUGACUAAUCCAGCGGAUAUUGGUCUGGAUCCCACAGUAGGCUUGAUGUUCAUAGCCGAUAACAAACAAGUUCUAAGAGCAAACAUGGACGGAACCGCAGAUUUCCCAAUUGUCUUCGAGGCAGCGUACAAAGUAUCCGGCAUUGCUGUGGAUGUAAUUGCUCGAAGAAUCUUCUGGUGUGAUUCUCAACUUGAUUAUAUCGAGACUGCCGAUUAUUUUGGCAGAAACAGAGUAAUGGUGCUUAGGGGGCAACAGACACCGUCUCCAACGAGACUGACUCUCUUUGAGAAUAAAAUUUACUGGACAGAUGGCACGAAACAAGCUAUCAUGAGUGUAGACAAAACAGAUAGUGAUACUAUUCACACUGUCUACAAAAUGAGGGAUGCAAAGGCUAUAAAGGCUCUGCAUCCUUUGACUCAGCCAACGGUUUCCAAUCCUUGCGGGAAUAACAAUGGUGGCUGUCAACAUAUGUGUAUAGUAACUGCGGCCAGCGAUCAAGAAAAUAGGUUAGGCUACCGUUGCGCUUGUGAUAUAGGCUGGAGAUUAUCCAGUGAUCAGAGGAAUUGUAAUUUGGUCCAGGAGUUCUUAAUGUACUCACAGCAAAGAUUCAUUAAAGGCAGAGUUUUGGAUCCUGUAAUGGAAGGAUUCAGCGAUGCUAUUUCGCCUGUGGUUUCUAGGAGAGCUAGAUUCGUUGGUCUCGAUUAUGAUGCGCAUGAUCAGUACAUCUAUUACAGUGACGUUUUGCAAGAUGUGAUUUAUCGAGUUCGUCAAAGUGGUACAGGCCGGGAUGUUGUGUUAGCUAGUCAGAACGAAGGCGUGGAAGGUUUAGCAGUUGAUUGGGCUGCCAAGAAUCUGUACUAUAUCGAUUCCAGGAAAGGAACACUGAAUGUCUUGAGCACCAGGAACGUAACUUACCGCAGAACAUUGCUAAAGAAUUUGAAACGACCGAGGGCUAUUGUUAUUCACCCUAACCAGGGAUAUAUCUUCUUCUCUGAGUGGGAUAGACCUGCGAACAUCAGUAGAGCUUAUACCGAUGGUUCCAACUUAGUGGUCUUCAAAAAUUUAACCUUGGGCUGGCCCAAUGGCUUGGCCAUUGAUUUCGCGAAAGACAGACUGUACUGGUGCGAUGCUCUUCUAGAUCACGUGCAACAUUCCAAUCUGAAUGGUACUGAUGUGCAAACAGUUAACUCUAGACUGAUCAGACAUCCCUUCUCCAUGGCUAUUCAUGAACAGUGGAUGUACAUUACCGACUGGAGAUUGGAUGCCAUCAUUCGACUUCAUAAGGAAACUGGAGAGCAAGAGACCAUUCUCGUACGUCAACCUGAAACAAAUAGGCUUUAUGGAGUAAAAGUUUACAGUCGUGACAUUCAGACUUCUCUACCGGAUCACCCUUGUUCUGUUGAUAAUGGGGGAUGUGAAAAAUUGUGCUUCGCUAUUCCCCAAAACAAUACCAACAGAUACGGAACUGCUAGGUUAACCAGAGUCUGUGGCUGCCCGUACGGUGAACGUAUUCAAGCAAAUGGCAAGACUUGUGCACCUGAUCCAGAAGCUGAACCACCUCUAGAAGCCUGUCCUAAUACUUGGGACUUCACCUGCGCUAACCAAAGGUGUGUGGCACACGCCUGGGUCUGUGAUGGUGAGAACGAUUGUCUGGACAACAGCGACGAGCGAAAUUGCACCAAACCGACCUGCGCUCCUAACGAAUUCCAAUGCAAAUCAGGUAGAUGUGUUCCCAUGAGCUUCCGUUGCGAUGCUGAGAACGAUUGUGGAGAUUACAGCGAUGAAGCUGAUUGUCCAAAUGUAACUUGCAGUUCUAAUCAAUUCGCCUGUGAUAACAAUAGAUGCAUACCUAAUACCUGGAAGUGUGACUCUGAAAAUGAUUGCGGAGACAGUUCUGAUGAGGGAGAAUUCUGUGUGGCGAAGACUUGUUCCUACUUCCAGUUCACAUGUCCAAGAUCGGGACAUUGUAUUCCACGAUCUUGGGUCUGUGAUGGUGACAAUGACUGUUUCGACCAGCAGGAUGAGGUGGAUUGCCCACCAGUCACUUGUUUAAGUACUCAGUUCACGUGUGCUGACCAAAAGAUGUGUGUUCUCGACUCUUACAAAUGUGAUGGCAUAUCGGAUUGCAACGACGGUAGUGACGAAGUAGGUUGUCCAUCCCUAGCACCGGAUCAAUGUAACACCGACAAGCAAUUCCAGUGUGUUAGCUCAGCGAUUUGCAUUCCAAGAAGCUGGUACUGUGACGGGACUGCAGAUUGUCCAGAUAGAUCUGACGAGCCGGCCUCUUGCGGCCAGGUUGGCUGUCAGCCAGGUUUUUUCAAGUGUCGUAACGAGAAAUGUGUGUUCAAGGCGUAUAUCUGUGAUGGCAAAGACGACUGUGGCGAUGGAUCUGAUGAAGACACUGAAUUGCAUGCUUGCACUGCGCCUGAAUUUAAAUGCGACUCGCAGCAAUGGAAAUGUCCGAACGUGACUGAUAGAUGCGUGAAUAUAAGCAGCGUCUGUGAUGGCAAGUUUGACUGCCCUAAUGGCGCGGAUGAGGGUCCAGCAUGCGAUUUCGAGGAGUGCAGAGGGGCUUACUGCAGCUACCAUUGCAUCCAGACACCUCUUGGAAAGCAAUGCACGUGUCCUCCAGGACAAGAGCUUGGCAAGGAUGGCUAUGAGUGCCAGGAUGUAAACGAAUGUGAGCCUCCAGGACGCUGCUCUCAAACCUGCGUUAACAUCAAACGUGGCUACUAUUGUGGCUGUGUUGACGGAUAUACUUUAGAGAAAGAUAAGCAUACUUGCAAGGCGUUCAAUCGCAGUGCUGCAUUCCUGAUCAUAUCUAACAGGCAUACUAUUCUUGUGGCUGAUCUACAAGAGCAAGCAUUAGAAAGAGUGCCCAUCAACGUGGAGAACGUUGUUGCAACUGCUAGUAAUAUGCACACAGGUACCAUCUUCUGGUCAGACAUGAAACUAAAGAAAAUAUCUAGAUUGGACAGAAAUAGCGAUCCUGUGGAUGUGAUUUCAACCGGGUUGGAUCUGGUGGAAGGUCUUGCAUAUGAUUGGAUAGGUCAAAACCUGUAUUGGUUGGAUUCUAAAUUGAACACCAUUGAAGUAGUCAAGGAAACAGGUACAAAUAGAAUGAUAUUAGUAAAAGAAAACAUUACUCAACCCAGAGGUAUGUGCCUGGAUCCUAGUCCUGGGGCAAGAUGGCUCUUCUGGACAGACUGGGGAGAAAAUCCUCGAAUUGAAAGAAUUGGUAUGGAUGGUACCAAUAGAUCAACUAUUAUUAAUACCAAGAUUUAUUGGCCAAAUGGUCUUGCUUUAGACAUAGCAAACAAACGAAUAUAUUUUGCUGACAGUAAGUUUGAUUUCAUCGACACUUGUCUUUAUGAUGGAACUAAAAGGAUUCAAGUACUGGCUGGAUCCCAUUAUCUGUUGCAUCCUCAUUCUUUAACCUUAUUCGAAGAUACCAUGUAUUGGACAGAUAGACAAUUGAACAGGGUAUUAUCAGCUCACAAGUUCUACGGUGUGAACCAAACAGUAGUAUCUCACUUGAUAUCUCAGCCUUUGUCGAUACAUGUUAAUCAUCCUGCUCUGCAGCCCAUCACUCCAAAUCCUUGCGCAAACGCCACCUGUGCUCACUUAUGUUUGCUAUCUCCAACGAACCCACAAGGAUACACGUGUAAAUGCCAAGUUGGAUUCAAGUUACAGUACAAUGGACAGUGCACAGAAGAGGAAAUGCCUUAUUUGAUGGUCCUACGAGGUUCUCAAAUUGUGGACGUCUCUUUGAUACCAGGAAGCACUAAGACUGGUUAUAUAACUCCUGUUGUUGGAGUCGAAGGAGGUAAAUUUAUAGACUAUGACAGAAAGGAAAGAAUGAUAUAUUGGUUACAAACUAAGGAUGACGAUGAUGAGAAUGGUACUAUUUACACGACUCCUUAUAAUGGUGGCAACAGAACAGAGUUCCCCAAUCCUACUGGCGAGAGUGGAAUCGUUGGAGCGCCAUCAGCGAUGGCGUUCGAUUGGUUAGGAAGAAAUCUGUUCAUCGGAAACAAAUAUGCUUCCAAUAUAGAGGCCAUAAAAGUAGAUGGUAAAAUCAGGUAUAGAACGAUAGUACUGGUCAAUGAUGGCAAUAAGACGUCUGUAGCGAAGCCAAAGGCUAUGUGCGUUGACCCUCUUGAAGGACAUAUAUUCUGGGUAGAUGAUGGUAGCUUUGGUAUCCCUAUGAAGAUCGGAAGGGUAAACAUGGACGGUACGAACCCUAUCAUCUUGGUGGAUAAUGUAGGAAGACCAGAGGCUAUCACGAUCGAUAUACCUAGCAAGACUAUCUACUUCAGUUCACUCUAUCCAGCCAGAAUUACGGCAAUCUCAACAGAUGGACGAAAUCUGAGGACCAUUGUGUCGGAGAACAUAGCAUUGCCAAAAGCACUUGCUGUUCACGAUAAUAAGCUAUACCUUCUUGAUCCUAGCUACGAUAAAAUAGAAAGAGUAGACCUACCUGGUGGAAGUAAUCCUACUACAAUAAUCGACAACGACUCUGAGUUGAAAACUUUGACAAUUUACAAGAAACGCGUCACUGGAGAUCAUCCAUGUUUUAUAAGGAAUGGCGGCUGUGAACAGAUCUGUCUCCCAGCUUCUGGAGGCACCAGGGUCUGUGCUUGUGGCAUGGAGUACCGUAAAGUCAACGACACUUCCUGUGAACCCUUCAAGAGCUUUGCAGUGGUUACCCAACUGGAUGUCGCCAGAGGGUACAGCCUGAAAGACGCAAAAGAAGCAAUGGUACCAAUCGCUGGAGUGGGUCAUCAUAUCCUCCAUGUAGAUGUCUACAGUGCUGGCAAUUGGAUUUACUGGGUAGAAUUCAAUCGUGGAAUGUGGAAUGGAAUAUUCCGCGUUAGACCAAAUGGCACUGAGCUGCAGCACGUUGUGAAACAAGGAAUAGGUUCAAAUGGCAUUAGAGGUCUUGCUAUUGACUGGGUAGCUGGUAAUAUGUAUUUCACCAAUGUGUUUCCCCAUGACAAUUAUGUAGAGGUUUGCAAACUAGAUGGUAGCAACAGGAAAGUAUUGGUAAAGAAGACCACAGAUUCCCCUAGGGAAUUAGCUGUGAAUCCCAUUAAAAAGUAUCUCUAUUGGAUAGAUUAUGGGCAGUACCCACGAUUAGGCAAGGCUUAUCUAGAUGGGAGCAACUGGACGCCUAUAGUUACUUCGGGUAUCAGUACUCCACGUGACAUAACCAUCGAUCCUGAUACACACGAUGUCUAUUGGGUAGACUCUAAACAAGACACCAUUCAGAAAGUCUCUUACACCGGGGGAAGCCGUCAAAUUAUCAGGCGAAACUUACCCAAUCCCAUGGGUGUAGCUAUUUAUGGUGACUAUGUCUAUUGGGUGGAUAGAAAUCUAGCCACAGUGUUCAAGGCUAGCAAACAAAGUGACUUUAGUAUGCCAACGAUUGUGAGGUCGAAUCUUCCCAAAUUGAGAGACAUUGUCAUGUUCGAUCAAAAAAGUCAACCACCAGAUCCAAUGAAUCCCUGUUCGUCAGAGGGAAACGCAGACUGUGCGCAACUCUGCUUUGCUAUGCCUAAAGAAAGUACGGUUCCUUUUAAGUGUGAAUGUGCGGUUGGUAAGCUAGCGGCGGACGGUAAGAACUGCGAGAACAUGGAGGAAUAUCUGGUGUUCGCUACGAGGACAGAAAUUAGAGCCAUUGGUCUGGACCCACAGAAUACUAGCGUACCAUUUAACUCGAUUGGAAAUUUGACCAACGUAGUGGGUGUGGACUUUGACUAUCGCGACAAGAAGCUAUUGUUUACCCAGAUCAGGCCUUGGGCCAAGAUAGCUUGGAUGCAGGCAGAUAAUCCCUCCUCCUCUGAGAUUCACACGUUGAUCAGCAAAGGAAUCAAUCCUGAGGGCAUUUCUUAUGACUGGACGCAAAAGAAAGUUUACUGGACGGACUCUUCCAACAAUAGUAUAUACGCAAUGGAUCUGGAUGGGUCGAAUCUUGUGAUGAUUGCCAGAGUGGAUAGACCUAGAGCCAUAGUAGUCGAUCCUUGUAAUGGAUCUUUGUACUUUACUGACUGGGGUCGCUUUGGAACAUCUGGGAAAAUUUUCAGGACCACCAUGGCAGGUUCUUUGAAGAAAGCUAUCAUAGAUAAAGACCUUUCUCAACCCAGUGGCUUGGCAAUCGAUUAUGAAGAUCGUAUACUCUAUUGGACUGAUGCAGUUAGGGAGAAGAUAGAACGCUCAGAGUUGGAUGGAAGCAAUCGUCAGAUCUUGGUCUCCGCUACGAUAUACCCAUUUGCUAUAACAGUCUUCGGAGAGUAUAUUUUCUGGACGGACCUUCAGCUAAGAGGUGUAUAUCGGGCUGAGAAACACACUGGAGCAAAUAAGGUUGAAUUGGUGAAACGUUUGGAGGAUUCGCCUAGAGACUUGCAUAUCUAUUCAGCAGCUAGGCAACAGUGCAAGGUAAAUCCUUGUAACAUUUCAAACGGUGGUUGUGAUCAGUCUUGUCAUCCAGGAAUAAACGGCUCAGCAGAGUGUAAGUGUGACGAUAACAGUAGACUGGUGAACGAGGACAGAAUGUGUGUUCCUAAGAACGUAACCUGUGACUCCAGCAAGUUUGCCUGUAGAAAUGGCCGCUGCAUUUCAAGAAUGUGGGCGUGCGAUGGUGACAACGACUGCGGUGAUGGUUCUGACGAAGAUAUUAACUAUUGUUCUUAUCAUUCGUGCAGUCCCAAUGAGUUCAGGUGUAACAAUGGCAGGUGCAUCUUCAGAACCUGGAAAUGCGACCACGAGAACGACUGUCGCGAUGGUAGCGAUGAGGAGGGUUGUGUGUAUCCUCCUUGCGCUCCUGGAGAGUUCACUUGCGCCAACUAUCGUUGUAUUCCACAAUCACAGGUCUGCAAUGGCGUUAACGACUGUAAGGACAACGUUACUUCGGAUGAGACCCAUGAACGCUGUCCUAGGAAUACCACGUGUCCUCCUAAUCAUCUGAAGUGUGAGAAAACUAAUAUAUGUGUAGAGCCGUAUUGGCUUUGCGAUGGGGAUAACGAUUGUGGGGAUAAUAGCGAUGAAAAUCCACUGCACUGUGCUCAGAGAACUUGUCCCCAAAGCUCCUUCAGGUGUCCCAAUCAUAGAUGCAUUCCAGCUACUUGGUACUGUGAUGGAGACGAUGAUUGUCUGGAUGGCAGUGAUGAACCACCUGGUUAUUGUCAAUCAGAAGGCAGAACCUGCUUUGGAGAUCUGUUCACUUGUGAUAAUGGCAAUUGUAUACCUAGAAUCUACAUCUGUGAUGGGGAUAAUGAUUGUUUAGAUAAAUCUGAUGAGGAUGAACGUCACCAAUGCAAUGAGAGAAAGUGUGACGAGGAGACUGAAUUUACUUGUACUGCGAAUAAGCUGUGGAACAGGGCACAGUGUAUCCCAAAGAAGUGGUUGUGUGAUGGGGACCCAGAUUGUGUAGAUGGAGCUGAUGAAAAUGUGACCUUGCACCACUGUCCCACUCCAACACCUUGUGCUGACAAUCAAUUCACAUGUGACAAUGGUCGUUGCUUAAAUAAGAAUUGGUUGUGUGAUCAUGACAAUGAUUGUGGUGAUGGUAGCGAUGAAGGAAAAUUCUGUAACUCCAGAUAUAAGCCUUGCACUAGCCAGGAGUUCACUUGUCAUAACUUUAAGUGUAUCAGGAAGCAGUUUCAUUGCGAUGGUCAGGACGAUUGUGGUGAUCAUUCUGACGAAGAUGGAUGUCCACCAAAGAUAAAGAACACGGUCUGUCCAAACCCAAAGGACUUUAUGUGUGCAAAUGGGAACUGUAUCGACAUGCAAUUAGUCUGCAAUAAGGAACCCGAUUGUGCAGAUGAAAGUGACGAACCUGCUCACUGUAACAUAGAUGAAUGUGCUGCUGUGGAAAUGAAUCAAUGUGCUCACAAAUGUAUUGACACGCCAACGAGUUACUAUUGUGAAUGUAAUCCAGGUUACAGACUCUUGGAAGACGGGAAAGCCUGUGAAGAUAUAGACGAAUGUAUGGAGACGCCACAAGUGUGUAGCCAGCAGUGUCAAAAUACACCAGGGAGCUUUUACUGCAAGUGUAAUCAUUAUUGGUACGAACGUGCUGCUGACGAGCAUACUUGUAAGAGAAGAGACAACAUCAUACCUUGGAUUGUCUUCACGAACAAGUAUUAUGUUAGAAAUAUGUCUAUUGAUGCUUCUAACUAUAGCCUGAUGCAUCAAGAUCUUAUCAAUGUUGUUGCUCUGGAUGCUGAUUACGCUGAACAAAUGCUCUACUUCUGUGAUGUUACUGCUAAAACAAUUUUCAGAGCACCUAUUGCAGGAGGAGAGAAAGAAGCAAUCAUUAGACACGAUAGUCUUGGUUUGGAAGGAAUAGCAAUUGACUGGGUAGGCAAGAAACUGUACUGGCUUGACCGCCAUGCUAAACAUUUGGAUGUUGCUGAGCUUAAUGGUACCAACAGAAAGACUCUGUUAACUGGCAUAGCUGACCCACGUGCUAUUGUUGUUCAUCCUGGCACAGGAUACCUGUACUUCACUUCAUGGCACCUUCAGGCUUACAUAGGCAAAAUGGGAAUGGAUGGCAGUAACUUCACAAGAAUUCUCACUUGGGAGGAUGAUAUAGCUUGGCCUAACGCUCUGACUAUUGAUUACUUCACCGAUAGAAUCUUCUACGCAGAUGCUCAUCUAGAUUACAUUGCAUUUGCUGACUUGGAAGGUCAUAAUAGGCGGAAAGUUCUUUCCGGGUCUGCAGUACCCCAUGUCUUUGCCAUUACUGUAUUCGAUGAUUUCAUCUUCUGGACUGACUGGAACCUAAAGGCAAUCAGCAGAGCAGACAAAUUUUCCGGAGCUAAUUUACGAGUACUUAGAAAUACCACUCACAGACCAUACGAUAUCCACGCGUACCACCCUUUGAGACAACUGCCCUAUAACAAUCCUUGCAUUGAGAAUAAUGGUGGUUGCUCUCACUUGUGUCUAAUUUCACCACCUGCAAGUUCCUACCUAUUAGAAGGAUACGGUCAACCUGGCGUCACGUCAUACAAAUGCAAUUGCCCGAAUCAAUUCAUUUUAAACAAAGAUGGAAAGACAUGUCGAGCUAAUUGCACUGCUGGCCAGCACAGAUGUGGUCCUCCGGAUGAAAAAUGCAUUCCGUGGUAUUGGAUGUGUGAUGGUGAAAAGGAUUGCAAAGAUGGUUCAGAUGAACCCACCAGUUGUGUAGCUCGAGUGUGUCGACCCAGCGUUUUCCAAUGCGCAAAUGGUAACUGUAGACCCAGUGUAGCUGUCUGUGACGGUGCUGACGACUGUGGGGAUAAGAGUGAUGAAGCCAACUGUAACUUAGAAUGUGGCGAGUUGGAAUUCAAGUGCAAAUCCAAUGGUCGUUGCAUUCACGAAUCUUGGAAGUGCGAUGGGGAUGCUGAUUGCAAGGAUGGCAGUGACGAAGACCCCGCUAUUUGUCAUAAUCGACCAUGCGAUCCAAGCACAGAAUUCACUUGCAAGAAUGGCAGAUGUAUUCAGAAAGUAUGGAUGUGCGAUUCUGACAAUGACUGUGGCGAUGAUAGCGACGAGCCAGCCUACAUGUGUCGUCAAAAAAAUUGUACCACCGGUUGGCAGCGUUGUCCAGGUCAUGCCAAUUAUCGUUGUAUACCUAAAUGGUUGUUCUGUGAUGGCAAAGACGAUUGUCGCGAUGGUUCCGACGAGCUUCCCGAGAAUUGUCCCAAGUGUGAUCCUGAAAUGGACUUCAAAUGUACCAAUAAUAGGUGUGUGCCUAAACAAUGGCUCUGCGAUUUCGCUGACGACUGUGGGGAUGGCAGUGAUGAAGCUGAAGCCAUGUGCAAGGAUCGCUAUAGAGAAUGUUCAGAAUCUGAGUUCAAGUGUGACAAUGGCAAGUGCAUCGCCUCCAGGUGGAGAUGCGAUUCUGAAGACGAUUGUGGUGAUAACAGUGACGAGAAUGGCUGUCAAGAAUUCGUGUGCAAAGGAGAUACAUUCCAGUGUGCAAGUGGCCACUGCAUCGCAUCAUAUCUAAGAUGUGAUGGCACACGUGAUUGUAGAGACAUGAGCGACGAAAUUGGUUGUCCGCCAAAGUAUCCAGGAGGAAGAUACUGCCCACAAACAAGAUUUCAGUGUGAUAACAACCUUUGUGUCUAUCUUACUGAUAUAUGUGAUGGAAGCGAUGAUUGUGGUGACGGUUCUGAUGAAAAUGCUAGCAUGUGUGCAAACUUCAAAUGCGAUACAACUAGGAGAUUCCAAUGCGCCAAUCAUAAGUGCAUCACUAAAUAUCAAUUGUGUGAUGGCAUUGACAAUUGUGGUGAUGGUUCUGACGAGAACAAUAUGACCAUGUGCGCAUCCAGAAUCCGUCCAUGUGAUGCCAUAACAGAGUAUACUUGUGCCAAUAAGAAAUGCAUCGAUCGGUCGAAGCUUUGUGACUUUGCCGACGACUGCGGAGAUUCCUCUGACGAACUUGGUUGUCAUCACAAUAAACCCUGUCUGGAAAGCAAUAAAGGCGGCUGCUCUCAUUAUUGUCACAACAUCUCUGAUGCAGGAUACAUCUGUGCUUGUUAUCCCGGUUACAUAAUCGCGCAAGAUGACCGGAAGCAUUGUGAAGAUAUCGACGAAUGUGCUACUGGCCAGCACCAGUGCUCUCAGCUUUGCACUAAUCUAAAUGGCACUUAUUCCUGCUCCUGCAGGCAAGGAUUUGAACUGUCUGACAAUCGCAGUGGCGUCUGUAAAGCUCUGGACACUGAUAUGAUGAUCCUAUUUGCUAAUGGUCCUGGAAUUAGAGCUUACGAUCCUCGUAACAAAGAGGAAAUUGACGUUAUUGCCAAUGAAAAGAGGGUACAGGCUCUGGACUUCGAUCCCAAGUCGGAGUAUGUGUUCUGGAUCGAUGGUUAUGAUAAUUCCAUUAAGAGGUCGUACAUGGUGAACGCUAAAGGUGGACAAGUGAAGAUUGGAUACGCCCAGGAUCUCAAUAUAAAGAGCGAGUCAGGACUGACAAGUUUGGCCGUAGACUGGAUUUCCGGCAAUCUCUACUGGACAGAAAUCGAUUCCUCAGGGGCAACAUUAUUCGGAAGAGUAAUGGUCUCAAAGGCAGAUGGUAGAUACCGUCGAAGUCUGAUAACAGUCGGUCUAGAAAUACCAACCUCCAUCGUAGUAGACCCAGAACUAGGUCGAGCCAUUUGGGCAGACGUUGGAAGCCAGCCCAAGAUCGAAAUCGCUUGGAUGGAUGGCGACAGAAGGAAACAACUGGUCUCUGAUCGAAUUGGACAACCUAUUGCUCUUACUAUUGAUUAUUCUAUGCAGCAUGUUCUUUACUGGGCUGACAGCAAGCUUAACACCAUUGAAUCUAUUGAACAGGAUGGAUCGAACAGAAAAGUUAUCCUUAAAGGAGAUAGCUUACGACACCCAGUAUCUUUGGAUACCUUUGAAAACAAUCUGUAUUGGGUGACCAGGAGGUCCGCUGAACUGUUCAGACAGGAUAAAUUUGGCAGAGGCGUACCAGAGCUCAUAGUCAAGCCCCUGCCUAAUUCAGGAGGAGUUAAGGUGUAUCAUCAACAGAAAUACAAUAUUUCUUUAAGAAAUCCCUGCCACGAGGACCAGUGUACCCAUUUAUGUGUCCCGAUUCCUAGUGGAUAUCGCUGUCUGUGCUCAGACAGUAUUGGUCCACUGCAACAAAGAGAGACGAUGCGGUCCAACGAACGUCAUUGCGACGCAACUAAUGAAAGACCACUUCCUGCACCGAGAAUCUGCCUUUGCAGAAACGGUGGAGUAUGUCAGGAAGUCGAAGACAAGUUGCAGUGUGAUUGUCCAAAUCUUUUCCAUGGAGAAUUCUGUGAAAUUAUGUUAGGGGCUAGGUCGAGCAAUGCCACUGCAGCCAUCGUUAUACCCAUUGUUGUUUCUGUCUUGGUCCUACUUGGAGCUGCAGCUGUUAUUAUGGUGCUAAAGAAACGACCAUUUGGUAAACCUGGAGUGGUAAAUCUUGGUAGUUUAACUGGUGCUCAGAGUGUAUCCUUCAGACAAGGAAGCAAUGUUGAAUUUGGUGUACCUGCUCAUGAAAGAAUGGAACCUCUGGAUGUGGAGUACAACCUUGGUGACGUAAGUAACAAGAACAGGGACUUUAGUAACCCCAUGUACGACGCGGUGAACACAGAAACAGGCGCUACAAAUGGUACCGGCGCUAGUAGUAUGUACGAAUUGCCAGCUGAGAUGAAACCAUCUAGCAUCCAGCACAAGGAUCCACCACAAUUGCACCUGAAGAGGAGAGAACUCGACCCAACACCCAUCGAUUCGGGGAAAGAUACACAACAGUUGGUUGAGGAAGACAAGUCCGAGUGUUAAAUAGUUUAACUCUUUGGUGCAGUGACGUAGUUAGAAAUUUCAGAUGAUUUGGAAAGCAAACAGACUUAUUUGAAUAAUGUAACGGCAAGAUAGAAUCGAUCUAGAGAUUUUUAGGAAAUUUGACAAGAGUUUGUAUGAUAUGGCGUAUCGAUCUAUUCACAAAUUUAUUGUAAUUGUUAUUUCUUUGACCUAUAUAAACACGUCAUCGGUUCGUUUUGAAGUUUAAAAAUAGUAAUAACUAAUAAUUCUUUUCAAAAAUCUAAACAGAGUUCCGAACUGUAUUAUUGGUAUAGGGUUUACUUUUUCAAACUAUCCAUCAAUCUUCAUCAGGUGCACAUAUCGUAUACAUUUAUCUUUAACGAAGGCAAUUUUUAAUGGAGCACAAGACUGAGUAUGUACAACACGAUUUUUGUAAAAUUCUGGAAUGGAAUGCGAUUAAAUUUCUUGUGUCGAACUAUAGCGUACUGAGCUUACAGCUUAUUUACAGUAAAGUUCAAGAAGAAAAAGAAAAGUGCAUCUGACUACGCCACUGCUUCUAUAUAGGAAUGCUCUCGUAUCUGUGGCACUUCUGUCUCAAAAACUUUAUCUAUCUAUAAACAAAAUACAUUAAAACAGAUAAAAAUAAAAAAUAAGUUGCACGAAUCUUCUAUAACAUAAUGAGAAAAAAAGAAUUGUGUUUUAGCUUUUUAUGUAUUGAGAUUGAAGUGCAACUGGUAACGGGUUUGUGUCCUCUUAGGUGCGAUUUGUAAGUCUUGUAAAUACGAUUAUCGCAGAAUAUUAAUAUCACGUUGUCCAUGUAACAUAAUGAAAACAAAACAUUCCAUAUUUUUUCUUCGAAGACAACUCGAGGUGAAUUAUAACGGGCGCUUAAGGGACUGUACGUUAAAAAAAGAAGACAGACCUCGACGAGCGUGUCAUUUCACAAAAUAUGCGUUUUCUUCGUAAUGAUAGGAGAGACGAAUCUGUUUUGAAAAAAAAGAGAGAAAAGGUUUUCUCUUUUUCAGCUUUCUCGGCCGCAUGUAAGCGUUGUUAUAUGCGUUUGUACAUUUUUCUAGACUAUGCGCGAGGAACGUCAGUGUACAGUUUUUCUUCCGUAGCAACUGUGAUCGUAAAAAUUACAAAUUAGGCCCGAGUAUGCGAGGUAAUCAUUUUAAUGAACAAAGCGUACCCGUUUUCUGUUGUGCGUCCCCAAACAUGAGUGAGAGAGGAAUCUUGUAUCAUUUUGUUUCUUCCUUUUUUGAAAGAUUUAUUAUUUGGUACAGUAGAAUCUCGAUUAUAGAAAAAAUCGAAAGUAUUUUGUAAGAUUUGUAACUUCAGAAUCUGCAAUUUUGUUGUUGUAUAUUGCAUAUCAAAUUAUAGAGACUGUUAAAUCUA